AUGAUCAAUGGGAAUGGGAAUGGUCGGCCUCGCCCACCUCCGCCUCGCGGAGCCAACAGUCGCCAAGGGUCGGGCGAUACCUCCAUCUCUAGGGCCGAGAAGUUUGAAGAUGAGAAGAAACGUAUUAUGCAAAGCUGUUACUCGAAGAAGGAUAGUGAUGGAACCUUAAUUGAAUCAUACAUAACACACGUCCGCAUCACCGAGGAUGCAGCCUACCCCUCUACCCCUGCUCCACCAGAAUCGGCGCCCAACAACAAAAAGCCCCGCGUGAUCAUUGUUUCCGUCCGAAGAUCAGGUAGAGUGCGCAUGCAUAAGGCCCGUGAGAAUAACGAUGGAUCGUUUUCAAUUGGCAAAACAUGGAUGCUCGACGAUCUCACUGCGAUUCAAACCUACCAUACCUUUGUUCCGAAGACACCUGAAGAGCAACACUACAAGGAAUGGUCAGCAAAUGUUGGAUUUGUGGUCGUCAUUGGAAAGCCCUACUACUGGCAUGCUAGAAGUGCUAAGGAGAAGGACUUCUUCAUCGGCAGUUUGGUGAAGAUCUAUAAAAAAUAUACGGGAGGAAGACUACCGACCAUGUUUGGAUUUGAUGAAAGAGAACGGCAAUUACUCAUAGGAGAAGUACCAGGAAUUGCAUCAGGAAUCAAACAAGGACACCAACAACCACCACCUUCGCGUGCUGGGCCGUCAUCGGAAACCGUUAUUGCGCCACAAGCUCCACCACUACAACGUCCUGGCCGUGAUGUGAAACCUGAGAUCAGACGGCAGAUCUCUGAAGACCCUAUAAUUCGGGCUCAGAAGAGCCGUGAGCAAUUACCACGUCCAUCCACUGCGUCUAAACCAGCUCCGCCGUUUGGAGCGCCUUCCAAUCCAACGCCCUAUGUUCAUCCGCCGCAACGCAUGGAGCCAAAGCUUGGUUCACAAGGAUCAUCAUUCUUGCAAGAAAGUAGUCAACUCAGUAUUCCAGACUCUCGACCAUCGUCAUCACGUGGUGAAGACGUCCCUAAAAGUCCAUUAACAACCACACCUCAACCCAUAGAAAAAAGAACAUUGGAACCGAAGCUGAGUACGGAUGCAUUACGCCCAGUUACACCCGGUUCAUUCAACGGCGAGACGAGAGGCACACCAAGCCCCGGAGGAAUCAGCCCUGGAGGCAACCUUGCACCGAAAUCGCCGUACCAAACAUAUCAACCAUAUCAGCCAUACCGUGAAACCCCCAGUGUGCCCAUUCUUGAACAGCCACGGCCGCCCCCGGAGAAGAAGUUACCGGAAGCUCUCAAAGUUGCGACGCCUCCUAUUGUGACACUAACAGAUCAACCGAAGAGUGUCCCAGUUGGAGAGGAUAUACCAUCUUCGCCACUCAUCGUGGAACCCGAAGUGGCAGCAGCUGUUAUGGCAGUGGCAGAGCCAUCUAGCCACCCUGAAUUUAUCCCCACAAAAUCUCCCACAGAAGCCCCCGCAGAAGCUCCCCCAGAAGCCCCGAAAGAAAUUCCCGCAGAAGAGACACCAAUAAGUCCGGCCUCGUCCGAAGAAGCAGGAGACGCACAUCGCCCUGGUCUGGGUCCUAUGGUAAAGAACAAGGGUACAAAAGAGCUUGCAGGUGCCUUCCGUAAAGCUGCAACUGCCUAUGGUGCCUUCAAACCGCGAGCUGGAGGAGCUGGAGAGCGACUGCUAGCAGCAGCAAAGAAACAGAAGGCGGAAGAAGCUGGACCCGAUGGAAUUACAGGCGUUGUUCCUGCCCCAUUCCUUGCCCGGUCUGCCAAUGAUGCACCCAAGAGCCCAGUGGAUGAGCAGGCACCAGCAUUAUCACCAUCACCAACGCCAGCCGCCCCUGUGGUAUCAAAGCCCACAGUUGAAAUAACGCAACCACCCACAGAGGAGCUUCGGGUAGACCUUCUCCCUACUUUGGAACAGUCUCUUGAUUCUUUGUCAGAAAUGACAUUGGAAAACCGUUCGCGAACACCCUCUCCAUCAGCUCAAAGUCGUCGUCGAAGACGCCGUGAAGAUAACACAAUAAAGUACUGCCAAGCUCUUGGAAUCGAAAUCAGUAUUCUUGAUGGACGUGGAAUUGACUUUGAUGAUAUACUGACCGAUUUGGGUUGGAACGGCAGGCUAGCUGACGAGCAAAAGUUUGAGGACUUGGAAGCCGACAUCCGUCGCGAGAUAGGACGUGUUGAAGCGACUAGCUGGCUUGGUAAUCUGGAACAACAAGAUGGAAAGGUAGAACAGCUGGGUGUCCUCAUUGACAAGACAAUCGAAGAGUGUGACGAGCUGGAUGGUCUUUUGACUCUUUACUCUCACGAAUUGAACACACUUCAUGAAGAUGUGGCCUAUAUUGAAGCCCAGUCUCAGGGUCUCCAAGUGCAGACGGCCAACCAAAAACUGCUCCAGAAUGAAUUGCAGUCACUUUUGAAGACACUGUCGAUCUCUUCAUCUGACAUUCGUCCACUCAAAGAGGCCUCUCUCAGCAGCCCAGGUGGAUUGAGAGAUACCGAAAAUGCCUUGUCAACUUUGUACAAAGCUAUGCUUAUGAUUGAUAAUGAUCUUGGAUCUAAUAAGACGCGCUUGGUUGAUGCAAGCGUCGGAGUUUAUGCCAACACCGACUUCGGUCAAAUGCGUGCAAUUAAACAGAAGAAGGAGGAGUACCACUCUGCUGCACUGGUUUUCCUCCAACGACUCAAGCAGUUCAUGGCUGUUGCCUUCAAGAUGGCAGAGCAGAAACGGGUGGAGGCGGCGGCAUCGGCAUCAGGUGACCCCAUGAAGCUAGAUAGCUCCGCACGACAUCAAUUCCGCGCAGAAAUUUGGAAAUAUAACCCGCUCAUGUUGUUCGCCCGUGAGGUCAGCAUGGCAGAAUGGCAUUCUUUGGUCGGUAUGUACGACCAGGGAUCUAAGCCUUCAUAUCAGGCUGAAUUCCGCGACAACAACUCAGCUUGGAAGAAGAUAGCCCGAAAGCCCACCGGAGAGGAGUCGGAACUCCUCUUCACACAUCAAGAAAAGGAGAAAGAAGCCGAGACUAUCACAAUGGCUGCUCGCAAGCUUACCGUUCGACGAGGCAAGACUGUUCGUGCUGCAGCUGGUCUCCGGUUGGCUUCCAACGAGAAGAAGAUUACUAGCAAAGUGGACCCCUAUGAGGCCUUUGCCGGGACUUUGCGCGAGACCUUGAAUAUGAUCACUCAGGAACAGAACUUCCUUGUUGAGUUCUUCCACCUGAAUUCUCUCGCCAAUGCUGACUUUUCAGACUUGGUAUCUGCCACACCAGAAUCACGACAAUGUCCAGAUGUUUCAGCUAAGCAGUCGCAUGAUCUUGACCGCACGAUGGCGAAGAGAGUCGAGGGAAUCAUGGAUGAAGUCUACUCUUUCUGGCCCGCUGACUUGCAGUCUCUGAUAGAUUGGGCGUUACAGGCUGAUCCUUUGCAAGGAAUCGGAAUUUUGUUUUCUUUGGAGUCGGCAAUUAGUGACUUUGAGGAGAGCAACCAAGAAUUUGUCAUCCAUGCGAUGCAAAAAGUCCACACUCGACUCAUGGGCCUUUUCAACCGAUUUGUGGAUGAACAGAUUCGUGGUAUUGAAGAUACGAAGGUCAAGGUCAACAAGAGAAAGGGCGUGAUUUCAUUCAUGCGCGUUUUUCCGCAUUUCUCCAAUGCCAUUGAGAACAUGCUUUCUCAGCCGUCUAGCGAGUUCUGUGACAUUCGAAUCAGCAUCAACGAGGCAUAUGAUCGCAUUAACCGAGCGAUGUGGGAGUCACUCAAAUUCAUCGCCAAGGAAGCACCAGGCCAACCAGCAGGUGUGACCGCAGGUGCUGGAGAUCCCGAGGACAAGGAGGUUCUCAAUUACCACAUUCUGCUCAUAGAGAAUAUGAAUCACUACGCCGAGGAAGUCGAUGAACAUCAUCUUCCAGUCCUACAACGCUGGAAGGACCGAGCCAAUGAAGACUUCGCUGAGCACAUGAAGCUCUACCUUGAUUCAGUGAUUCACCGUCCUCUCGGCAAGCUCCUUGAUUUCAUCCAGUCCAUUGAAAACCUGAAAGAAUCCGGAGCUGUUGCCGACAUCGCAUCUCGCGCAAGCUACUCUCGAUCCGUGGCGAAGAAGCUAUUCUCCUCGUACGACGUCAAAGAAAUCAAACGCGGUGUUGAGCUGCUGAAAAAGCGAGUUGAGAAGCAUUUCGGUGACGCUGAUGACCCUGGUCUCAGCCGAAGCCUUGUGAUCAAGGUCCUACGGGAAUGCGAAAUCCGCUAUGAAAAUGCGUAUGACAAAACCCGGCACAUUAUCGAUACUGUAUAUGAAGGGCAACUGGAACUGGACUGGCGCAAGGAGGACGUCAACGCCAUGUUCCGGAAAUGA